UUUGAACUUUAAGCUGUGAUGUCAAAAAUAAUAAUUUAAAUCACAUUUUCAUUUUUCAUUAAAUGUGUUUCAGUGAAUUUUACGAAACAUGAUUAUGAACAAAUAUAAUUUCCUUAAAGAUCCUUUAGAGCCUUUUUUUGGUGAUAAGCGCACUAAUGAUGUUGUGCAAUCAUUACUUUCAUUAUGUGCUAGCCCAAUUACAAAACAAACUUCAAUCAAAACAAAAGUUAUAUCUCAUGCAACUGAUUCAUCAAGUUUUAUAAAAUAUACAAAAGAUGAGGUCAGCAAACCAUUGCACAUAAACUAUGAGCUUAAUCAAUUAUCUAGCCUAAAAUUCUCAAAUGAACAAGCACCUUUUCACCAUUUAAAGAAAUCACUUAGCGAUGUUCAAUUGACAAAUGAGUCUUCUAGCUCAUCAAAUUACACACUCGACAGAAGUUACUCGCCAGAAAGGAGUUACUCAACCAGUUCGAUUGAUACGACACCAGAUGACCCAUUUUCACUUUCAACGAGCGAUGUAUUAGUUGAAAAUAUAGAUAUAGAAAGAAUAAAACAUUAUAAAAGUAUACAAAAAUUUUCUUCAAUAAAAAGUCUAUCGGAUAUUCCCGACUUAAAUAACUUGGAUACACCUGCAAUUCUGAUACUUUAUCCUGAAAAAUACACGUCCAACAAUGGAACGAAAGAACUUGUAAAAUCGCCUUAUGAAUUGCUACAAAGCGCCAGAUCAAUACCAGUAAUAUGUGUUUCAAAAACUAGCGAGUCUGACCAAUCACGAGAAAGAAUUCACGUUUGUCCAUUUGAAAAUUGCAAUAAAACAUACUUUAAAAACUCACACUUAAAAACGCACAUUCGUACUCACACUGGUGAAAAACCAUUUAAAUGUACCUGGCAAAAUUGUGAUCGUACUUUUGCGAGGUCGGAUGAGUUAGCACGUCACAAACGCUCUCAUACUGGCGAAAGAAAAUUUAAAUGUACACUAUGUUCUAGAAUGUUUAUGAGAUCAGAUCAUUUGACAAAACAUGUUAAACGUCACAUGACAACAAAAAAAGUACCCGGUUGGCAAAAAGAGAUAAAUAAACUGAAUGAAAUGUCUUCAAUCACAUUUCAGUAUCCAAUGAUUAUAUCCGAACAAACAUUGGCUCGUAAUCAAGCAAAAGUUUGAUUAGCAAGUUUUUAAGCUAUCAUCUUUAGUACUUUAUUAUUAUUCUUCCUUAUUAGUUUAUUUUUUUUUGAGUGUAUAUAUCUUCAAAUUUUAAAAUAUAUUGUUGAUUUUAAA